GUGAGAUUAACAGCGUGGAGUGCUGACCGGGACAGUGGUCUUGGCCUCCUUUUGACCCCAACCACCUGAUCCGAAAGCGGCGUAGGAGCCAGAUCAAACACUUGCAGCGGUUGCGAUAACUGGCCGGCCCGAACGUUGCUGCUCGCCUUGACCACCGUCGAUCCUCGAAGCUGCAAUAUUGCCAAGGCCAUAUGUGAGCUCUGCAUUUGCGAGCAUUUGGCGUCCAGAAUGCUGGAACUGCUGGCAUGAAUAACCACAAGCCUGCUGUGCUGUCGGACCCGAGGGAUGCACAGCGCCUUCGUGUUGCCGCACUGUACUAUACAAAAGCUCGAACAACCAACGUGCCGCUCCGGGCCACGCAGUCUUGGGCGGAGGGAUGAAUUGGACUGUACUCUUCCGCGUCCGCAAGGGCACCCGUCGGAGCUGGCAACGAGCGGGUCUGCAAUGUGCUUGGUGAUAGCGAGUAUUACUCGUACUGUUCACGGUCAGGUUGGGGAGUUGCGGAGAAGACACCAAGUGACCUCGCAGUGCUCGCCCCAUCCACCUACGAAUCUGCCGUGGUCAUCUCCACCACGGAAGCUGGCGACCUGGCUGGACGGGCGAGAAAGGUUGUUCGAAUGGGCGACCAAACACGGCAGGUCCGUCGUUGACGAGCUUUCCGAGCGAUGGCCGGAGACCGCUCGUGUGACGCGGCGGCCGGACCAGGGUGCGACAUGCAGAAGCGACGGAAUGAAGGCGUGAUGGCCGCCUUUGCGCGGGAUAGCUCCACGAGUGGUGUCAGAGCGGUCGGACUGUGCAUGACAAGCUUUAGAUUAGCCCGCCGACCCGUCCAAUGGUAGGGCUUAUCGCGCGUGGAGCGACCUCUCUGGUGGCAGGGGCCAUUUCGGUUGGAUUUCGUGCAUCCUCUCCCGUCCGCUGCUAUUAAAAGACCGCUAAUUAACCUGAGCCGGGGCGGGAGUGAAUAGAAAUGGCCCAUAAUUAGCCCACACGGGACGAGGCUUUCUGCACGGCUGGACUAUUUUCCCGUCUCGACGACAGGUGGCUGCUAUCCGCUGCGAUUGGUUACCGACACUGAUAGUCAAUACUUGGUAGCUCCGCGAAUAAGCCUAAGUACGCGGAUCUUAUGCUGAGGGUUAUGUAUCCGCUACAA